CCACAAUCCUGUCUGGAAUUUACCGAAAAUCUCUGGACAGGACGCAGUGCAAAGGCGGAUAAAGGCAGCCAUUCAAUUGAUCCACAUCCGGAAAGGCAAAAUGAAGCCGGACUUCGGUGCUCUGGAAUCGGCGAGGCGCUUCUACGAUGUCCCUCCACAAUUACAGCAGAGCAUAUACAACUAGCCGAGCACUCCUCAGUGUCUGCUCAUGAAGCCGACGAUGCUUUCUGAGCCUGGCUGACGUUCAUGUGCGGUGGAAUAGGUAUCCUAAUCACCGAACUCCACCCAAAAUUUAAAAUGCUAAACGCCCAUUCUGGUCUGGAUGCUAUGCAUCGCACAGUCAUCAUGCCUCAAUACUGCCCGUUCCCUCGGCUGCCCAGCGGUAAAUCCCCGCGGCAUCGCCAUCUGUCAAAAUGACAAAGCCGCCAGGUCCAUCACGGAAGCAAAAUUGAUUGUGAUUACCCUCGUGAACAACCUCCAUCUGGCAUCUGCCUUCUGCUGCACUGGCCGCUCCUAUGUUGAAACCAGAUUCCGACAGAUUCUCUUUUGAUAACUCUAUGUUACUGUAAUCGCAUGUCAUGGCCUGUGUCGAGAUAUCUGCCAGGGGCCAGGGCCGGCCUUCACGUUGUCUCUCGUACCAUGCCGUCCGCCCGUUUGGAAGCGUCCUGACUCCGAUGGGAACCCUUCUUUUCGGGGCGGUCCAACGCGAGGACAUGUCAUAACGGAGUAAAUGUCGUGUUACAGACAUUGAUACCCUGUCCGCCGCUCCUCCCCUUCACUUCCGGUCCUCUCGUCCCGUUCCUUCCUCUGACCAUGGCCACGAAUCCGUUCGACACUCCCCCACUGACGCGGGCCAACACCGGCGUCGUCGACCCCGCAUCGCUGGGGUCUGAACGUCCCAAGCGCAUGAAAUCCACCGCAAUUCCAAUUAUGGAGCCCUACAAAGCGGUCGAUAAGCCGUGGCUCAAGAGAUCCAAUCCACGGGCAAAAGUCAGCUACUUCAUGACAUGGAUCCUCCUCUUCGUCGGUGCAGGACUGGGCGGCCUCCAAUCCUAUCUCACAUGGAAGAACGUCCGCCUCGACCGCCAGCCACUCUGCCUCGUCUUCGAGGACAAUUUCAACAGCGGGGACGAUGCAGCUGUAUUUGGGACUGCUACAUCGCGUGGGCGGUGGUUGAGGGAGGUGCAGAUGGACGGCUACGGGAACGGGGAGUUCCAGAUGACCACAGGAUCGUCGAACAACUCGUUCCUCCAGAACGGAAAUCUGUACCUCGUGCCCAGUUUGACGCCCGGAUUCCCAUUCCCGGAGGGCACCACCUAUAACAGCACCGACUGCACCUUCAAUCUCACGGCUCCGAACGGAGGCUUCACUAAACCACCUGCACCAGGCAGCACUGAACCUGGCUUCGACUGGGAUGGAUACUACGCUGCCUGCAGCCGGACGACCAACUCGACCGCGGGCACGAUCAUCAAUCCAGUUCAAAGCGCGAGAUUGAGCACAAUCUUAUCCGCUAAGGGCGACGAAUCUGGCCUCUCGCGCGGCAGUCUGCGAUACGGGCGGGUCGAAGUCCGUGCGAAGAUGCCCGUGGGUGACUGGCUGUGGCCGGCGAUUUGGAUGUUGCCGGUGAACAACACCUACGGGCCCUGGCCCGCGAGCGGAGAGAUUGAUAUCGUCGAGAGCCGAGGCAAUGGCAUCCAGUACACUAAUCGAGGAGCCAACUACGUUCAAGGCUCGCUCAACUGGGGACCGACGCCAGGCCUGAACGGGGUCGGCAAAUCGUAUUCGUGGUGGACGGAGAAACGACAGGCAUUCAGCAGCGGAUUCCACACGUAUACGCUGGAAUGGACAGACAAGUGGCUGCGGAUAUUCGUCGACACGCGCUUGCACACUCUACUCGAUUUCCCGUUCAAACAGCCCUUCUGGGAUCUCGGGGACUUCCCGUCAACGAUCGUGGGACAGGAUGGCCGGCUGCAGUCAUUGUCCGAUCCCUGGACCAACGGAACGAGCGCGACUCCGUUCGAUCAAGAUUUCUAUCUCAUCAUGAAUAUCGCCGUCGGAGGUACCAACGGCUGGUUUCCUGACGGGCAGGGAGAUAAGCCCUGGCUAAAUGCGGCUGGCAAUCCUAUGGUCGAUUUCAUCCAAGGCUCAAAGCAGUGGCUCCCGACUUGGCCCGAGAAUCUCGAAGACCGGGCGAUGGUCGUAGACUAUGUCCGCAUGUGGAAACAUUGCGGUGACCCAUGAGUUGCUGUUAUCUUGUCACUCUUUUGGAUCCAAGUAGUAUAAUAGGACAAUUAGACUAUUCCUCGGCUUUAGUGACGCUGUAUUCACCUAUACAAACAUUGGGAUUGCGCCGGUG